AUGGCGCUGCAGCACACAAACUGCGGCUUUUUGGCUCGCCUGGCUCCUGGGCUGUUGGCUCAGCUGGCUGAGCGGACUUGUAUCUGCGCAGCACCAGACACAUUUAGGAGCGUUGCUACGUCGGCGCUGUCGUCGGCGCCGGCGCUUCCAGGCGGCGGCGGUGGUGGGGACGACCCGCAGCAUGAGCGGCGCACCUCGCACGCAGGUGCCAGCUCGUCACAAUGGCAGCAGCAGCCACCGCAGCAGCAGCAGCAGCGCGGCCUCGCGUCCGCAGCGGUGCAGGUCCGCCUGCGCACCGACGGCUCUGCGGAGCACGGGCAUCAGCAGCAGUACCCCCUAUGGUCGUCCGUCCCUCCCAUCCGGAUGCCGCCGCCGCAGCAGCUCCCGCUCCCCAGCCGGCAGCGGCAGCAGGAGCUCUUUGACAGGCGACGAGAGCUGGACGCGACUGUCGCCGCGGCGCCGCCUGGCGCGCAGCCCGCGCUGCGCGUGCUGUGCAGCGUCCUCGACCUCGACCCUGCUCGGCUCCAGGAGCUCGCCGCCGCCGUCAGGUGCAACGCGCGCCGGGUAGCGAUCGCCAAGGCCGCGUGGGCCGGGGAGGACGCCACGCGGCGGCUCGCGGGCGCGCUGCUCGGUCGCGCAGGGCUGCCGGCGGCGGACGUGGCGCGCGUCGCCGUCAAGUGCCCGGGGCUGCUGCGAGACGUCGCGGGCAUGGACCCGGCGGCCGUGCUCGAGUUGUUGCAGCAGCACGCGUACCCCGGCGCCGAGGAGGCCGACGGCGGCGGCCAGGCCGAUGGCCAGCCGCUCGCGGCGCUGCUGCGACGAGCGCCCCACGUCCUGUGCGCGCCGGUCGCGGUGGUCGAGGCCAACCUCCGCCACCUCACGGCGACGCUCGGGCUGCCGCCGGCCGCCGUGCGGCGCGUGGUGUCCAAGCACUGCACGCUGCUGACCCACAAGCCGGGCGCCAUGGCCAUCAACAUGGGGUUCCUCGUGGGCCUCGGCGCGACGGGCGCGGACCUACGGGCCAUGCUGGCGCGCUGCCCGCGGUGGGCGACGAUGCCGCUGCACGACCUAACCGUCAAGUGGCAGUUUUUCAGGCAGGAGCUUAAGGGCACCCUCGAGGACCUGGUGCUGACGCCGCAGCUGCUGCAGCUCUCGCUGCUAGACACCCUUGGCCCGCGCGCCGGCAUGGCCAAGAAGAAGCGCGUGAAGCUGCUCAUGCCCAGCUACAGCGCGGGGCACCCCAUCCUCAACCGCCCGGGCGAGUGGCUGGAGAACCGGAUGGCGCCGGUGCUGUUUUGGAUGACUGCGACGCCCCAGAAGCUUGGGGAGACCAUGGGGCUGGACCCGCAGGAGCUGGGGCGCUACCAGGAGGCGUGGCGGGUGACCUUUGGCGACCGAUGGCGGCAGCUCGUGCUGUCGCCGGGCGCUAAGAGCGGCGGCGGCGUUCGGCAGGGGGCGAACGGCGGCGCCGAGGAGGCGCAGCUGCAGUUGGUGACGCUGCCGCAGGGGCGGGACGAUGAAGAGUGCGGCACCAUGGCGUCCAUCGUCUAUGUCGCAAACCUUCCGGCUGACGUCCGCAACAGCGAGCUGGAGGAGAUCUUUGACCGCUAUGGCCGCCUGCGCAGCGUCGACAUCAAGGGAGCCAGCAACGGCGCGUAUGCGUUCAUCGAGUUUGAGGACGGCCGCGACGCCGCGGACGCCGUCAGGAAGGAGGACGGGCAGUCGCACCUAGGGGGCCGCAUCAGGGUGGAGCUGUCUCGCGGAGGCGGCGGCGGCGGCUACGGUGGUGGCGGCGGCGGCUACGGCGGGGGCGG